AUGGCUAAGGUCCCGGAGCUGGAAAACGCCUUCCCGCAGGCGCAGCCUUCGCCCCAAGUUUCCUCCGAGGUCCAGGACGAGUGUUGUGUGCAGCUCCUGGGCAAGGGCUUGCUCGUUUACCCCCAGGAACGGGUGUACCUGGCGGCCGAAGCGCAGCCCGGAGGCGCGCUGGGCAGCAGGGAGAAAGCAGACGACUCUGAGCUGCGAAUGGGAGUUAAAUCAGAAAUGCAUUUAAGCAAUGGGAGCUUUUCCUCUGAAGAAGAGGAUUCGGACAGUCGCGACAGCAAAACCAAAGCAGCCGAUCCACACCUAUCUCAGAAGAAAAGCAUCACGCAGAUUAUGAAGGAUAAAAAGAAGCAGACACAGCUCACCCUGCAGUGGCUUGAAGAGAAUUACAUUGUAUGUGAAGGAGUUUGUUUACCACGGUGCAUCCUUUAUGCACACUAUUUAGAUUUCUGCAGAAAAGAGAAAUUGGAGCCAGCCUGUGCAGCCACCUUUGGAAAGACAAUUCGUCAGAAAUUUCCCCUCUUAACAACACGGCGGCUUGGAACAAGAGGCCAUUCAAAGUAUCAUUAUUAUGGGAUUGGCAUCAAAGAAAGCAGUGCAUACUACCACUCCGUGUAUUCUGGAAAGGGCCUGACAAGGUUUUCCGGAAGCAAGCUGAAGAAUGAGGGUGGCUUCACUCGUAAAUAUUCACUCAGCUCAAAAACUGGGACACUUCUUCCAGAAUUCCCCAGUGCUCAACACCUUGUGUACCAAGGAUGCAUUUCUAAAGAAAAGGUUGAUACCCUCAUAAUGAUGUACAAAACUCACUGCCAGUGCAUCUUGGACAAUGCAAUUAAUGGAAACUUUGAAGAGAUCCAGCAUUUCUUAUUACACUUUUGGCAAGGGAUGCCUGAUCAUCUUUUACCCCUGCUUGAAAACCCUGUUAUCAUUGACAUUUUCUGUGUUUGUGACUCAAUUCUUUAUAAGGUUCUCACAGAUGUACUCAUUCCUGCAACAAUGCAAGAAAUGCCUGAAAGCUUAUUAGCAGACAUAAGAAAUUUUGCCAAAAAUUGGGAACAGUGGGUUGUUUCAUCUUUGGAAAACUUGCCAGAAGCUCUGACUGAUAAGAAAAUACCUAUUGUGCGACGAUUUGUAUCUUCUCUGAAACGACAAACGUCUUUCUUACAUCUUGCUCAGAUUGCCAGACCCGCUCUCUUUGACCAGCAUGUCGUAAAUUCUAUGGUAUCAGAUAUUGAAAAGGUUGACUUGAAUAGCAUUGGAUCUCAGGCACUUCUCACCAUUUCAGGCAGCACAGACACCGAAUCUGAUAUCUACACUGAACAUGACUCUAUCACAGUGUUCCAAGAACUGAAAGACCUCCUUAAGAAGAACGCCACCGUGGAGGCUUUUAUUGAAUGGCUGGAUACUGUGGUAGAGCAGAGAGUUAUUAAGACCAGCAAACAAAAUGGAAAAUCAUUAAAGAAGAGAGCUCAAGACUUUCUGCUGAAGUGGAGCUUUUUUGGUGCUCGAGUAAUGCAUAAUCUCACCUUGAACAAUGCAUCCAGUUUUGGUUCUUUCCAUUUGAUCCGAAUGCUCCUGGAUGAAUACAUUCUCCUGGCCAUGGAGACCCAGUUUAAUAAUGACAAAGAACAGGAGUUACAGAAUUUAUUGGACAAGUAUAUGAAAAAUUCAGAUGCAAGUAAAGCUGCCUUCACUGCUUCUCCAAGUUCAUGCUUUCUGGCAAACCGUAAUAAGGCGAGCACUGUUUCCAGUGACACUGUGAAGAAUGAAAGCCAUGUGGAAACACCGUAUCUUCCUCUGUCAUCCAGUCAGCCUGGAGGUUUAACCUCUGCCCUGCACCCGUUCACUGCUGGGAAUACAGACAACAUGCCACUCACAGGUCAAAUGGAGCUUUCCCAGAGUGCUGGUCAUCUGAUGACACCACCCAUUUCUCCAGCCAUGGCGAGUCGAGGAAGUGUCAUUAACCAGGGUCCAAUGGCAGGGAGACCCCCGAGUGUGGGUCCGGUACUGUCAGCACCGCCACACUGCUCAACAUACCCAGAGCCCAUUUAUCCUACUCUUCCUCAAGGCAACCAUGACUUUUAUGGGACCAACGCUAACUAUCAGACUGUGUUUAGGGCACAACCUCACCCUGCUUCAGGACUCUAUCAUCGCUCUGAGCAUGGUCGAUGCGUGGCCUGGAGUGAACAGCAGCUUUCUAGAGACUUUUUCAGUGGCAGCUGCGCCGGGUCUCCAUAUAACUCUCGGCCGCCUUCCAGCUAUGGACCAUCCCCACACAGUCAAGAUGCACACAGUAUGCAGUUUUUAAAUACAGGAAACUUCAAUUUCCUGGGCAACGCAGGGACUGCCAGCUGCCAAGGAGCAACGUUGCCUCCUAAUUCACCCAAUGGAUACUAUGGAAGCAACAUAAACUACUCAGAGUCUCAUAGACUUGGAUCGAUGGUGAACCAACAUGUUUCUGUCAUCAGCAGUGUUCGCUCACUGCCUCCCUACAGUGACAUCCAUGAUCCACUCAACAUUUUAGAUGACAGUAGUAGAAAGCAGACCAGCUCGUUUUAUGCAGACACAACACCUUCAGUUGCUUGUCGAACUCCAGUAGUAGCAUCCAGCUUGCAAGCCCCAAUCCCUUCCUCCUCAUCCCAGUGUAUGUAUGGAGCCUCCAGUCAGUAUCCAGCUCAAGAAACCUUGGACUCCCAUGGAGCCAACGGGAGAGACAUGGUCUCCUCUUUACCACCCAUCAACACUGUGUUCAUGGGAACAGCAGCUGGAGGCACUUAA